UGAGGAAGAUAAUAUCCCGGUCUGAGCUCAGAGGCUGGGUUCAAACAGCGACCAAGAGCUGAAAUAUCACUUUUUUUUUUAUUUAAAAGAACUUCAGCAAAAGUGACAGAGGACAGUUUAAUUUUUAAAUAAGCGUAGGAGUCUGGGAGUAGGCUAAUUUGUUUCUAAGUAUUUGCUUCUUGUGCACAUUGUUUUGACUUUUUGUCGAUGGUGACAACAACUUUAGAAGACUGUCAUUCUUGUUUUCUUCCAUGAUAAAGCUUGUCAUGUGUGAAUACGGUAUUUUCAUCUAUGAAAUGGGACUUUCUGGCACCGGAGAGCUGUCGCUGGAUUGUGUGUCUGUUUCACUUGGAAAUUCAACCUCCUGAAACCGCUCGGAUAGUUUUUGUACGUUUACUUCACUACCCAUGGAGACCAUUGGGAAGUUUGAGUUCAACAGGAAAGACCUGAUUGGCCACGGUGCCUUCGCAGUUGUGUUUAAAGGGAGACAUAAAGAGAAACGUGACUAUGAAGUUGCUAUCAAGUGUAUCAACAAGAAAAACUUAGCCAAGUCACAGUCUCUGCUUGGUAAAGAAAUCAAAAUACUGAAGGAACUCAAACAUGAGAAUAUUGUUGGACUUCUUGACUAUCAGGAAAUGGGAGGAUGUGUGUAUCUUGUCAUGGAGUAUUGCAAUGGGGGUGACCUGGCAGAGUACCUUCACUCUAAGGGCACACUGAGUGAGGACACCAUCCGUGUUUUCCUGCAGCAGAUAGCCCAGGCCAUGAAGGUCCUGCAGAGCAAAGGCAUCCUACACAGGGACCUCAAACCCCAAAACAUCUUGCUGUGCCACGCAGAGGGGCGCAGGUCCAGCCCCAACAACACCUGCAUCAAGAUAGCUGAUUUUGGGUUUGCACGUCAUCUCCAGACAAACACCAUGGCAGCUACACUAUGUGGCUCUCCAAUGUACAUGGCCCCUGAGGUCAUCAUGUCCCAAAACUAUGAUGCCAAGGCUGAUCUGUGGAGCAUAGGAACUAUCGUGUUCCAGUGUCUGACUGGAAAGGCACCUUUCCAUGCCAACACACCUCAGGAGCUCCGUCUUUUCUACGAAAGUAACAGGACCCUCCUGCCAAGCAUCCCAAGGGAGACUUCAAGCCACUUAAGACAUCUUCUCUUGGGCCUGCUGCAGAGGAACCACAAGGAACGGAUGAAUUUUGACGACUUCUUCCACCACCCUUUCUUGGAAUCGAGUUCACUCGUAAGGAAAUGCCCUCCAGCUCCCAUGCUCUCCUAUCCCAGUUCUGGAUCAGGAAGCUCAUGUAGCAGCUCCUCCACAUCCCAUCUGGCUUCCCCUCAACAUUCCGAUGGAGAGAUGCAUCGACUUCAGCCCAAGGCCCUGCACUCUCCUACCCAGGAUGCCCCUGGCUUCCUGCUGAAGGAUGCAGCCAAUCAGGACAGCAGGAGCGCCUCAUUUUACCAAGAAGACUAUGUCAUGGUGCCUGCCCAGUUUACCAGUGAGUACACUUGUGAGACGGGAAAUGGGUCACCAAUUGAGGGCAGCCUCAUAUAUAGUGGGAGCUCACUCCUGGCAGAGAGGGGCCUGAGAGCCGCAGGCAGGACACCACCAUCUUCUCCAUUACUACACUGCCCCUCCAAACCUGUCAGCAAGCCUCUUGAGUUUGGUGGCAGUAACUACAGCCAAUCGGUGCCCAUUCCUGUCCCAACUCAGAUCCAAAACUAUCAACGCAUGGAGCAGAACCUUCAACCUGGAGGCUCGCAAGGCUCGACCAGGGUCACACUCUGCUGUGCUGGCAGUGGCAGUGAAAGUUCCAUUGGAUGUGGUGGUCCAUGCCCUGCCUUCAGCUCCUCGAGGCGGGCAGCUGGUGGAGCUCAACCACAACAGUCCUCUCCACUAGUGGGAACCACUCCCAAGGCAUCAGAGCAGACUCUCCCCCUCAGCACCACCACUGAACUGCUGGCCGGCUCUCCUGGCAGGCACCAGAGCUCCGGUCACAGGAACAAGAUCCAGGCAAAGAGUCCUGACAGCCACAGCGGCAAGAAGGUUCCACCAUUAAUGCCUUGUCGAAACAGGACAGCCCCAGACCUGCAGUGCCUUGACCUGCCCCCUGCUUCCCAGACAAACAUCAUCAUGAAACCAGAAAACAAAAAAGGCCCUUUUAAAAGGGCCAGGUCAUUGAGCACAGGCCUGCUGUCUGAUAUGUUAUUGAAGGCUGCCUUCGGAGCUCAGCUUCUCGGAGCAGGAAGUGACGAGAGCCUCAAUUCUGAGAAAAGCAUGGACACAACAGCUCCACCUUGUGGUUGUCUAAAAGGCCCUGGCUCCUCAGAAAGCCCCCCUGCUGUUGUCUUUGCUGUGGGCUCUCCAUCCAGAGGAAACACUCCUCCUGACACCACAGCACCCAAGAUGUUUGCAGGCUCCCCCAGCCAUGUCAGCUCAGCCUGGCUCUUUGGCAGUCGCCAGCUCCAGAGAGGAGGCCGGAGAGACAGUGAGUGUGAAGCCAUGGACGCAAGCCCCCACGGCGCAGUGGUUUUUCAUCCUCCAGAGCUCCCUGAAGACACACUGAUGGAGCAGCCACAUACAGAUGCUCUGACUGAUCUCCGUUUCACCUUGGCUUUCGUCCACUGUGUCAUGGAAAUGGCUUCCUCUAAAGACAUAGGGCUGGACGCCAGCAACAACCCUGAUGUGUCUUUUCUCGAGCAGAGCCUGGUGACAGAUCAGAUCAGCCUCCUCAGUAGAGAGUGGAGCUAUGCGGAGCAGUUGGUGUUGUACAUGAAGGCUGAAGAGGUCCUGUCGUCAGCACUGCACACUGCCAAGGAGAAUAUCAAACAAGGCAGACUCCUUCCAUCUGCCACAGUCAAGCAAGUGGUCAAGAAGCUGAAUGAGUUGUACAAGAGCUGCGUGACAUACUGCCGCUCCCUCAACAGCCAGCUGCAGAGCUUCCUGCUUGACAAACAGAAGCUGAUGGACCGUUUCAGUGGCAUCACCGCAGAUAAGCUCAUCUACAGCCACACUGUGCACAUGGUACAGUCUGCAGCUUUAGACGAGAUGUUCCACCAUGGAGCAGCAUCAAUCCAGCGCUACCAUAAAGCCCUUGUGCUUAUGGAGGGUCUGUCCCGCAUCCUCGUAGAGCAAGCAGACAUCGACAGGGUAGAUAAAUGUAAGCAGUGCAUUGAGCGACGUCUUUCUGCUCUGCAGUAUCCAUGAGCUUGACAACUGCGGCUGCAGCAGCUGUGCCUUCAUGCUUCAUCUGCUGCCUCUCAGACUGUUGGUACACAAAAAGCACUUUGAUCUUCCGUAAGGGAAACGACCACUGGAGCAUCUGCUCUUAAUAUACCACCCAGCCUGGAAUAUUUACAUAAAAGGCAUAAAAGGGGUAUGAUGAUAACAUUGUUUGAAUCGCUUGGGCAGGCAACUUGGUCUCAGGCUUAGUUCUUUAACUACCAAGUUGUAGUUUAACACUACAGUUUGUGUACAUUAGUGUGAUGUUUGCACAGAGACUAAUUACAUAGAAUUAUAACUGAUUUUAAAUGAGUUGUUUUACUUGAAGCAAAGCUUAACCUGUCUAGCUUUUUCUGUGUGUUUGAAUCUUUGAUGUUAUAUGUACUGUAUAAGUCUGAGGGCAAACAGGAGUGAAAACAUUGUACAGGUGGGUGAGAAGACCAAAUAUUGCCAAUGUGUAGCAAAACAAUACUGUGCCUGCUUAAUUUCUGCUCAUUCUUAUGAAGGCAGAGUAGUGGACUGCAAGGUAAUGAAACUGUGUCAUAGCCAUGUAAUGGUUUAUCCCUCUGUUUUCAGCACUAUAGUGGUUAGGUUACAUUACAGAACCCAAAAUUUCUGUCUAUGUCUAUGUCUUACAAUCGGACACACAUUUCAGUCAACAUUAAGCAUCCUCUGAAACGGCAUCAGAAUGAAAUUCAAGUUUUAAACUGAAUCCAAUAAUGGCCUCUGUUCAGGUGACUUACAUUGAAUAAUGAGUUACUUCUACACACAUUGUUAAUUGCAUGUGACACUACUUGUGUUUAUAUGCUCUGUGUGUAUAUUUGUGUGUGUGCAUGCGUGAGUGUGUGUGCUCACCUUGUUAUGUCUUUUUCAAAAAUGAUCUGUGAUGUAGCAAAUGUGAAUUUGGGUCAAAUGCAGAAUGUGUGAUGAUUUAGAAUGAAUCCGUAUGUAGUUUUGACUGCCUGUUGUCACACUAAUUUUUGUACAGUUUAUGACAAUUGUGUACAAUAUUUUUGAUGAAAGAAAAUUAUUGUAAAGGGGGUAGAGUUUGUUGGCUGUUGUCAAAUAGUCUUUUCUACUUCAUUUUAAGAAUGCCUGAAAAUCAGUUACAUUAUGUGUGCAGGGUGAUGGAAAUAAAUAAAUACUAUUUAUUGUUAA